UCACCUUGUUGUUAGGACUGAUAAAUCUGAAAUCAGAUUGCUUCAUUUAGUUCUUUGUCAGGUAUUGAAAAUGUAAUUCAUUAAAUGUUUUGGUUUUUCGCUUCUCUUUAUCAAAUGAGCUUCGGGUCUUUUGGCCUUCAAUCUGUAAAUUGUUUACACGAUGGUACCUGGAACAAACCUUGGUCUCUGUAGCGAAGCUCCAUAGAUGUAGUGUUGGUCUCUGCAGCAGUAGCUUCAAAUUCUACUGGUACAGAUGAUGCCUAGGCAUACAACAACAUUGUUUGUUAUGACAGCGUUAAUCGUGUUCAUUGUUAUACUUGUGAAAGUAAGCUAUAUAUUAUUCAGAUUGUUGGUUUCAGCAUAGCUAGUAUCUUACACUCUAGUUUUGGGAUUAUGUCAACUGACGGAUUUACUUCUUGGACAUUAGAUAUUUACUGCAGUAAGGUCAUAUUGUUAGUUUUUCCCCCCUUUUUUUUUAUUUUUUUUAUUUUUUUAUUUGAUCAAUUAUGCAAUAUGGAGUUCAGUUGGUUAGUGCUAUAAAGUAUGGUUAUGCAGGGUGCUUCAAAUUAUCCAAACUCGUAGUCAGUAUUAAACAAUUAAUUAUACCAAAAUGCUUCUGAAUUAAGAGCUCCAUUGAUUGAUAUUUUGUUCUCCAUUUGAAGUACUUAAUUUGUUUAUCUUUUAAAUGAAAUGUUCAAUCAUAAGAGGCGAUAUCUUAUUGGUUCUUGAAUCUUUGAUUAUUGGGAGGAAAGAUCGGCUGGGGUGUGGGGGAAGAGGUUAUAGGGAUUUGCAUGUUGGUUGGGUACGCCAAGUCAUUAAUAUAUGUUAAUGUCAAUGUGCAGACACUAAUCUUAUCCAGAAACAAGAUUAAAGAGUGGCCAGGUGCAAUUUUAAGCUCGCUUCGUAAUCUUUUGUGUUUGAAGCUGGACAAUAAUCCACUAAGACAGAUACCAUCAGAUGAUGGAUUCCAAGCAACCCCUAUGCUUCAGAUUCUGGAUCUAAGUGGUAAUGCAGCUUCGUCACUAGAGCACCCUAUAUUUUCUAGCUUACAGUAUCUGCAAGAGCUUUAUCUGAGACGAAUGCAGCUACACGAAGUCCCAUCAGAUAUCUUGAGUUUGCAGCAACUGCGGAUCCUAGACUUCAGCCAAAAUUCCUUGCAGUCGGUUCCAGUGGAGUUCAAAAUUUUUACUUCACUCACUGAGCUAGGCCUAUCUGACAACAACAUAUCAACACUUCCUCCAAAAUUGGAAUAUUGUGCAGCAAUGUGAAUAUUCAAAUGUUAAAGCUACUGAACUGAUUCUCCCACAGUUUGUGUUUUGAAAGAUCACCUGCCUUCCAAAGUGGGGUUUGCAUUAAGAGAUGUAGAUGCAAGUCUUUUUCUUUUUUCUUUUUCUGCAACUUCUUGCGUGUAGCAACUCAUGUGUAGUGUGGCUUUUGAUGUGGGAAUAUUGCAUGCUGCCUCUUGAAAUAAGUUGUUGUUUUUUGUUUGUGGUUGUAGAUUAUUCAAUUGCAGAGAAGUUAAUUUAUUCUCUCAAGUCAAUUUUUUAAAGGUUUCCUUCCCUUGGCUUGUUAAUUAACAUUACAUCAGUGGUGGCAGAAGUAGAAGAAAGAAGAGAGGAGCAGGCAUAUUACAUCAGUGGUGGCAGAAGUAGAAGAAAGAAAAGAGGGGCAGCAGGAGCAAGCAUUAGUAGUGGGCGAAGUGGGCAAGCAAUCAUAAAUAGUCUAAUAAUCACUGUAUCCAUUUCUAGCACACUUAUGUUUUUGUCUCUGAGGCAAUGUAAGACAAUAAAUUGUCACUGAUUCAUGACUUUGUGGAACAAUGACUAAUACGAAUGUAUAUAUCUUGGUGGAUCCAAUGUAUUUUGAAGUUUAAAGUAUGGGUUAAAGUACUGCUAGUUCAUUUGA